AUGGAGGCGAUUGGCCUGGCAUCUUCUAUCGUCGCCUUCAUCGAUGUGGCGUUUAAGAUUGUGCGUGGCACCCAUGAAGUGUACACAUCUGUGAAUGGGGCAACCCAGAUCAACGACCAUACCGGCGUGGUAGUAGGCGAUCUACAGCGCGUCACAGCAGAGCUGCGAUCUCAUCCACAGAGUUCUAAUGAUCUUGACCUCGUCGAAUUGGCGAGCAAAUGCCAAGAGCUUUCCGACGAGCUUUUGCAGCUGUUGCACAAGUUCUUACCCAAGACGCCAGGGAAAUGGCAAAGUUUCGUCGCAACAUGCCGGAUUUUGAGAAAGCAGAAAGAAGCAGCCUCGAUGGAGGCGCGUUUGGAUAGAUAUCGUCAGCAGAUAUCCGAACGGCUACUUUGGCUCUUGUUCAAGCAGCAGUCUCCAAUCAAGAAAACCUUGGACACUAUGCUGUACCAUGCGAACACUCUUCAUAACUCCAAUGCACGAAAAAUGGAAGAUGUGGAAUAUCGAUUAUCGCAAACAUUACAAUACCUCGAGCAUUUCGACCUAGCCAAGAAGAAGAGUGAUCAUGACAGACAACAAAUCCAGGAACUUCUCACUCAAACCAACGAUAGACUUGAUGAUCUUCAAAUUUACAUGGGGCCUCCGGACGUCGGCACCUCUCAAUUGUCUCGAUCUCUGGAAGAUCUUGUCAGCCAGGCUCAACAUCUGUACGCUCUUGUUCAGGCCAUGCCAUCUCAGAAUCAAAUUCUACGCCGUCUUUUCUACCGCUCGAUCUUUCGCAGAGAAGAUGAGGUCAUAGAUGCAACAGGAGAUACUUUCAAGUGGGUAUUUGAAACUGCCUCGGAGCAGCCUAGACUUGUUUCGCACCUUACACUACACUCUGACUCCAUCGCAUGCGAUGAGCCCCUAGAAGAAUCAGAGGAGACUCUCAGGAUGAAGACGUCGAGGAUAUUCAUGGACUUCCUCCGAUAUCCGGGAAGCACACUACUUAUUGAGGGCAAGGCGGGUUGCGGCAAAUCCACGUUCAUGAAGUAUGUUGCUCAUAAAGAACUUACGGAUUCAAGCCUCAAGGCAUGGGCGGGGACUAAGAAGCUAGUUGCCAUCAAGGUCUUCUUUUGGCAGUCUGAUGAUCCACUACAGGAGUCCAUCGAAGGUUUCUUCCGCUCAAUUCUUUUUCAGGUUUUGAGCCAAUGCCCCGAGCUCACUGGUGACGUCUUUCCACAUCAGUCGGCGGACGAGAUCGACGCUGUGGAGUAUCGACUAUCAGAACUCCAAGAUGCUUUCGAGAGACUGCUGAGUCUGAGAACUGAGGACACAUAUUGCUUUUUCUGCUUCAUCGAUGGGCUCGAUGAACACCAAGGGGAUAAUUUGAGCCACGAAAACCUUGCCAGCCAGCUUGUCUCGUGGGCGUCACUGAACAAUGUCAAGAUCAUGUGUUCAGCCCGACCAUACACCGUCUUCAUCGAAACCUUCCGGGAGGCAGGGGAUGUCGUUGAAUUCCACAAACUUACUCGCAGCGAUAUAACGAAUUUUGCCGAGGUGAAGUUCACAAUGUCGUUGUCGAAGCCUAAGUUAUUGGAAGCUCAGAGGAAUUGCCUUGGGCUUGUGCAAGACAUCACAGAAAAUGCUCAGGGAAUUUUUCUCUGGGCUAGCAUGGUGGUUCGAACCCUGAUCAAUCAGGUUCUGGACCGGGAUGACAGCGAGAAGGCCCUCCGCCGGAGGCUGCAAGAAUGCAUUGAGCGCGAUAGCUUGGACAGCCUGUUCGAGCUGAUUUUGCAAAGAGUCGAGAAAGCGCCGUAUGUGCAGAUGCGUUCGAAUAUGGUACUCUAUCUUGCUGCACAUAAUCCUUUUGAAUCACCUCUAAACGCGCUAAUAUUUUCCUGGCUGGACGAACUGGAGUGGUUCCUUGGUUCUCCAGACGCAAACGCUCCGCUCGAUGAUGAUCAAGAAGACUACAGCGAAGAGAGUAUUUCUCCAAGAAUACAACGUGUCACAAGCUUGAUACAUCAGCUCACCCAAGGUCUCCUCGAAGUCGUCGAUACUCAUGAUCCUGCUCCUUAUUUCAGAUACCGUGUCGACCUCUAUCACCGCUCUGUCCGUGACUUCCUAACACAACGCUGGAAGACCGGUGUUCGGCCAAGCCCUUUCUCAAGCCCAGAGCUGGAGGCGCAAGCCUACUGCCGACUGCGAAGCCUCGAAGCCAAAUGCAGAACGCGCCGACGUUUCAUCCAUGCAGAUCAGAUUAGUGGACUUGGGGAGGAUGCAGACGCCAGCGUCACAAACAAUCUGAGAUCCCUCUUCGAGUAUACAUUUGUCUGGUUAGGAUCAUGCUCACGUAAAAACGAUCCGCCUCCAAAGGAAUGUCUGCGAGACUUUGAAAAGGCAUUACUUCAAUCACAAGAUUCAUUCCCUCCAUUUCUACUCGGUCGAAUGCUCAUCAACGACGAGGUCUCCUGGAGAUAUCACUCUCGGAAUGCUCUAGACAGCACUUCCUUCCUUCACUGGGCAGCGUACUGGGCUCAAGGGGAGUUCGUGAAAGCUCGACUAUCUUCUAUUACCAGCCAUCGCAGCAGGAACCCCGCGUCCCUUUCUGAACUUAACCUGCUCCUAUCAUCGUCAUUUGCAGCGGAUGUAGAGACAACACGGUAUCUUCUCAGCAAUGGCCACCGCCCGGACGAGUCAUUAAAAAUAUUUGACCUUCAAGUGGGCCCAGACCGAGAACGGCAAAACCAAGAGGCCCACAUAGAGGAAUGGAGCGGCGCACCACCGACCUGGGAGUCCAUUCACCAGAGCAUGGGACAUCAAUCAAGUGGCCUUGACUACAACACCACAGUCUGGAUGGUUUUCUUGCGAGACUUCGCCAGUAAUGUUAAGUUAUAUUGCUGGAAGAGACGGGUUGCAUCCUCCUGGCCACUUCAUCUGGAUCGGGAAUGGCUAGAGCGACUAUCCAAGAUCACCGAGGCAUAUCUAGAAGCUGGGGCUGAUCCUUCAGUUUAUUUCCUUCUUUUCCACCACAGCCCUCGGAACAUGUAUAAGGCAACGCUCUACCAAAUGCUGGAUGUCUUCAAGCCGGAGAACCUUGCCUCAUUUGAUGAUUUGUUGCGAAAGUCAUGGUGGAAGGACAUACUUUUUGGGAAGGGCCUCAUCUCAAACCCGACAACGUACCAACCCGUGACCACAGAUCUACUUUUGGGAGGCGACUGGAAGGUAUUGGGAGUGGGAUUGGACAAUGGGCAGGAGCUCAUGGGAUCAUUCAAAGUCAGAGUAUUCUAG